AUGCAGACAAAUCAAGUGUCAAGAAAGCCUUGUAAAAUCGAGGCCAGGAAAAGAGAUCCUGGUCCUGGAGCUGAUCCUGGUCCUGGAGCUGAUCCUGGUCCUGGAGCUGAUCCUGGAGCUGGUCCUGGUCCUGGAGCUGAUCCUGGAGCUGAUCCUGGUCCUGGAGCUGAUCCUGGUCCUGGAGCUGAUCCUGGUCCUGGAGCUGAUCCUGGAGCUGGUCCUGGUCCUGGAGCUGAUCCUGGAGCUGAUCCUGGUCCUGGAGCUGAUCCUGGUCCUGGAGCUGAUCCUGGUCCUGGAGCUGAUCCUGGAGCUGGUCCUGGAGCUGGUCCUGGUCCUGGAGCUGGUCCUGGAGCUGAUCCUGGUCCUGGAGCUGGUCCUGGUCCUGGAGCUGAUCCUGGAGCUGGUCCUGGUCCUGGAGCUGAUCCUGGAGCUGAUCCUGGUCCUGGAGCUGGUCCUGGUCCUGGAGCUGAUCCUGGAGCUGAUCCUGGUCCUGGAGCUGGUCCUGGAGCUGAUCCUGGUCCUGGAGCUGGUCCUGGUCCUGGAGCUGGUCCUGGUCCUGGAGCUGAUCCUGGAGCUGAUCCUGGUCCUGGAGCUGAUCCUGGAGCUGAUCCUGGUCCUGGAGCUGGUCCUAAACCUGGU